AUGGCUGCAUCUUCUUCUUCCUUGUUGCUUUCUCUAGGGCUCCUCGCCGUCCUCUCCGGCCUCCACAGCUGCUCCGCCCACUUCGGGGAGUUCUCGGGCCAGGGCAUCUGGCCUUUCGGCCGGCAACAGCAGCAGCAGCAGCGGCACCCGCUCCGGUACAGGAGCGAGUGCCGGCUCGACAGGCUGAACAACCUCGAGCCGAGCCGGAGGAUCGAGGCCGAGGCCGGGUUCACCGAGCUCUGGGACGAGGAGGAGGAGGAGUUCAAGUGCGCGGGGGCCAUCGCGGCCCGCCACGUCAUCCGCCGCAACGGGCUCUUCCUGCCCUCCUUCACCAAUGCCCCGGAGCUCGUGUACGUGGUUCAAGGAAGUGGUUUUCACGGCGCAGUCAUUCCGGGUUGCCCCGAGACGUACCAAUCGGACGAGUCAUCUCAGUUCCAAGGCCGAGGCCAAGGCAGGAGAGGUGAGGAGAGUGAGCAACGAGGAGACCGACACCAGAAGGUCCGGUUUAUAAGCGAAGGCGAUGUUCUCGCGUUGCCCGCCGGCGUCACCAACUGGAUCUACAACCGGGGUCAGUCCGAUCUCGUUCUGGUUUCCGUCCUCUACACUGCUAAUGAAGAAAACCAGCUUGAUGAGAACUACAGGCAAUUCUUCCUAGCUGGGAACCCACAACAAUACCAACAGCAAGGAGGGAGGAGCCGGAGAUACGAAGGCCAGGGCCAGAGCCAAAGCCGGCGCGGCCAGCAACAACAAGGCCGCCGACGCCCACAACAGCAACAGCAACAAGAGAGCUUCGGCAACAUCUUCAGCGGCUUCGACGACGACAUCCUCAGCGACAGCUUCAACGUUCAGAAUGAGCUAGCCCGGAGGCUCAAGGGGGAGGACGACCAGCGGGGCCACAUUGUCGAGGUCCGGGACGAGCUCCGGAUCCUUAGCCCGCGGUAUGAGAGGGGUGAGCAGGAUGAGCGCAGUGAGCACGAGAGGGAGCGCGAGCGUGAGCAGGGUGAGCGUGAGCGUGAGCGGGAGCGGGAGCGUGAGCGUGAGCAGAGAAGGAGGCGCCAGCGAGGCCGUGGCAGCUACGACAACACUACUGAUGCCGCCAGUCCUAACGGCUUGGAGGAGACGCUGUGCACGCUCAGGCUUAGGGAGAACAUCGACAACCCUGAGCUGGCGGAUAUAUACAAUCCGAGAGGUGGACGGAUCACCACGCUCAACAGCUUUAGCCUCCCCGUCUUAAGCAACCUGCAGCUUAGUGCUGAGAGAGGUGUUCUUUACAAGAAUGCGAUAGUAGCGCCACACUACUACAUGAACAGCCACGCCCUGAUCUACGCGAUCAGGGGCAGCGCCAGGUACCAGGUCGUGGACGACAACGGGCAGACGGCCUUUGACGGCGAGCUCCGGGAGGGCCAGUUCCUGGUCAUCCCGCAGAACUUCGUGGCAGUCAAGAGGGCGAGCGAGCAGGGCUUCGAGUGGGUCGGCUUCAGGACGAACGACGUGGCGAUGGUCAACCCGCUCGCAGGGAGGCUGUCGGCGUUCCGGGCCCUGCCUGUGGAGGUGAUCCAGAACGCGUUCGACAUCUCGAGGGAGGAGUCGAGGAGGCUGAAGUACGGCAGGGAGGAGCUGGCCGUGUUCAGCCCGGGCUCUAGGGGAAGACAGUGAGAAUCCUUGUGCGCAUGUGUAGCUAGCUACCUAUGAAGCUGAAGGUGUUAAGAAGUAAGUAAAGUAGCUUAGUGAGAGGUUAGAAUUCGGAAUAAAAGAUGUCCUGUCCAAUGAGGACUAUGAGGGGAUUAGUAAACUAGUAAUUAAGUUAAUUAAGUAUGUAAUGGAUGUAGCACUUUGUAUG